AUUAAUUAAAUUUUCAAUUUCUAACACAAAAAUCAUGUAUCGUUUGAUGUGUUUAGCAGUUCUGGUGGCUUUCGUGUCCGCCAAAGGCCUCCCUUACAAGGAUUGCGCCCAUCACGAAGUGACCGAUUUCGAGAUUACCGGCUGUACGACAAACCCCUGUACCCUUCAUAAGGGCUCCAACAUUACGGUCACCGUUGAGUUCGUCGCCAAUCAGGACAGCGCGACGGCUGAGCUCGACCUGAUCGCCAAAAUCGGUGAACUGGAGCUCCCGAUCCCCGCGCCCGACAAGAAUGCCUGUCAUUUCAUGAAAUGCCCGCUCAAGAAGGGCGAGACACACAAACUCGUAUACCCGGCCACUAUUCCCGCCGCCGCCCCGACUAUUGAAGCCGAUGUGACCGCCAAACUGAAAGGCGAGCAUGGUGAUUUGGUGUGCGGUACCGUUCAUGGUGAUAUCCAAGAUUAAACUAUGCCAAUUGCUAUGUCCAACAUAAACUUUUUAUUGCAAACUUAAUAAAAUAUAUAUUUUAUUAGUUACAACACA